AUGUCCCAGCACCCACCGUCCUGGACCUUCUUGAGGGGCCUCAUCAUCACAUUGCCAUGGCUGCUGUACCUGUUGCUGGUGGACGUGUGGAUUUCUAUGCUUCUGCCUCUUGCCAUCUUCCUUCCUAGAUGGGUCUACGAUGCCUCGUCCUGUCUAGCCUUCACCGUCUGGGCGUGGAUUCAGCUCAUCUUUGAGUCUCUCAACGGAGCCCGCAUUGAGAUAUCGGGCGACUCCCUGCCCAAUGCCGAGUCGGCUAUUGUCGUGGCCAACCAUGUCGCCUGGUCCGACUUCUACUUGAUUCAGGCCAUGGCCCGGCGUUCCGGAAUGCUGGGAUACUGCAGGUAUUUUGCCAAGAGCCAGCUCAAGGCUGUCCCUUUCCUGGGUUGGGGUCUCUGGGCAAUGGGCAUGCCCAUGGUCAGUCGGAAUUGGGUCAAGGACCAAGCCGAGCUUGAUCGUGUCUUCUCUGGCAUUGUCAACCACAGAUUUCCUACAUGGCUAAUCAGCUUCAGCGAGGCGACGCGUUUCACUCACAAAAAGUUCGCCGAGUCUCAAGUGUGGUGUAAGAAGACUGAUAGGCCCCAACCCAAGAAUCUCUUAUAUCCUCGCACCAAAGGCUUUAUCGCCACUGUUCAACACCUGCGCAAGGCUCCACAUGUCAAGGCCGUCUAUGACUUUGCCAUUGCUUACCAGUGUGAUGGCGUCUUUCUUGAUGCACCGUGCAUGUGGGACACAUUAAGCGUGCCAUCAUUGAGCACGAGACACCAAUACAAGUUCCAUGUCCAUGCCCGAAGAUUUUCUCUCGAGACUUUGCCCGAAUCUGACGAAGAUCUAGCACAAUGGCUCGAGCAGCGGUGGGUGGAAAAGGGCGAGUGGUUGGAAUUGCUCAAGCAAACCUGGGCCACCACCGGCUCGUCAUGA